AUGCCCUCUUUUCUUUCUUCUUUCCUCCCGCUGCUGUUUGCGGCUUUUCUGGUUUCUUCGUCAAGAGCCGAUAUUACCACUUCUGCUGUUCUUGAUGGCCAGGGCAGCAGCAGCAGCAGCAACAACAACAGCUGCGAUCCUGUGGAGGGAUAUUACCUCCCUAACGGGGAGGACUAUAGAGGUCAUCUAAACAUCACAGAAAGCGGCAUUCCAUGCCAGAAGUGGAGUGAACAGUAUCCACAUCCCCACGACACCACUGUGCCGGACCCCUUAACGGGGGUGGGGGAUCACAACUACUGCAGAAAUCCAAGCCGACUGGAGCGUCCAGGCUGCUUCACCACAGAUCCAUACGUACGAUACCAAUUCUGUUCUUUAGAGCCUCCGUGUAAUUUUACACCUUCAGAGAGUGUACUACAGUUUGAGCCAAAGUCUGGUACACAUCUUGGAGUAAAUGAACCCAUAACUAUUACAUGUUUUCCACGUCCUUGUAAAGUAUAUUAUACUUUGGAUGGGAAGGAACCUACUACCAUAUCAGCCACAUUAUAUACUCGACCAUUUGUUCUAGAGAAAAAUACAACUGUGAGGGCUUUAGCUUUUUUUAAUUCUCAAAAAACUUUAUUGCGACAAGCUUUUUACUCAGUUCCACAGUCAUUACCUACUCCAAAUGUGUAUUUCACUCCACCUUUUACUAAAAUAUAUUAUGAACCUGUUUUGGUUAUGCUUAAAGGAUACAAAAAGAAUGAUACCAUACUUGUUUUUAGAAAUAAAGAAUUACGUGGAUUUACCUAUGAAGGUCCUUUUUGGUUAAAUGUUAGUACAAAUUUAACGGCUGUAUUAAAUGAAAAAAAUAUUGUGAAAGCUUUUUAUAAUAUUCAGGCAACAGGAACACCUGUAGAAGUUUAUCCUGUCUCUGGAAAGUACAUUGGUGGUGUUUCUUGUUUUGUUUAUCAAUCAAACCCUCAAGCAAAUUACACAAUUUCUAUAAAUAAUUCAAUUUGGAAACCUCUUAAAAAUUCUGUUUUUAUUUUGGAUAGUGUGGGAAAUAAUAGCGUAGCUGUGCGAGCUAUUUAUCUAGGUGGUGUUGUCUCCAUUACUUGGCGAACCUACGAGAUUAUUGAGUCUACCUUACCUUUGUUAAAUCCUUCGCCAGAUGUAAUCUACACUCAUUCUAUACGUGUAACAUGUAAUGAUCCAAUGGGACGAUCAUUAGCGGUAGAUUUUAGUGAAGAAGAAGAACCAAUUUAUAGUGUUCGAUUUGGUACACCUGGUAGUUUCUCUGUUAAUUGCACAUAUAUAGAUAAUCUUCAUCAAAUAAGAACAAGUACUGCAGUCUAUAAACUUCACUCUGUUCCUUUACCUAUGCCACUUUUACUACCAGACUGUGGUCGCGCUUUCCCUAUGAUACCUAUUUUAUUAAACGUAACUAUUUUCCCACCUUUCGAAUCAGAUAAUGAUGAAGAUUUAUCAAGAAUAACGCUCAAUGCCACUGCAACAAAAGCUAUUUUAAAAAAACUUUCAAGUGGUAACCUUUUUUCUCUUGAACCUACCCAACAACCUGCACUAAUGAAUGCAACUGUAACAUUAAUAACAAGUUCUUCUCAUCCUUUAGAAGGUGAUAGUUUGCCCAAUGUCUGCAAUUACGAAUUUUUUCCUCUUGGAAGUUCAUCGACUCCAUCGUUUAUAGGACGUCCUACUUGUAAAGAUAUGGUUAAAUGUAUUGAUACUAUAAAACAGGAAGUUUCCACUUGUUUAUCAUUUUACAGUACAGAUCUUAUUCAUACCUUGAUGGUAGGAGAUUUUGUAUUAAUAAAACUCGUUCGUCUUCCUUAUUCCUUACAAAUGGAAUAUUAUAAUAGAACUAAAAAUUGUCUUCUUGAAGCAUCCCUACAAGAUGUUAUGGAUGAAGCAAGUGGAUUGAUACAAUUGGCACGUUGGUGGGAAGUAAAUACAUCAUCAUUAUCCAAUCUAGUGACAGGUGUAAGAAUAUCAAUUUUAGUGGAUGGGUGGAAUUUAGAUAUGGUUCAUCUUCAUCUCGUACGUAUGGAAUACACAUGCGAAGAUAUCGGUAUUCAUGAAGUAGAUAGAAACAAUACAGGACCCUAUUCCCUUGUAUUAUUUUUCGUUAUUGAUACCCCUGGAGAAUAUAAAUUAUGUGCAUCAGUGGAUGAUACUCUUUAUACAGUACCAUCUAAUGGACCUCUUGUGGUAAAUCCAGUACCAUUUCCGCAAUUAGUCUCAACACCAUGUGGUGGUCGCUCAGAAGUUGGUGCCGUUUCAGUGGUAGCUGAUGUGAUUCCACGGGUUGUGUAUCCACAUAUUUUUUUUUCUAUCGAUUCUGGUAUAUGGUAUGAAACAGUGGCAGGUGCAUUGUUACGUAUCGCAUAUUUAACAACUACUAAAUCCUCUGCUGUAGUAUCUCUUACUGCAGGAAAAUUUAGUGGUUCUUCUACUACUUGUGUAUUUUAUACUUCUAGUGUUGAUGCAUCUGUGAAGUUAUCGUAUAAAUGGGCUGUAGUUUCUAGAUAUGAAGAGCAAAGUAACAUUAUAUUUGUUGUAAAUGGCACAUUUUCCGAAGAUGUUCGUAUCGAGUUUCGUGUUUAUUUACCGAAACAAAAUAAAACUAAUACUUUUUCACUUACAACCAGUAAUGUUGUUUCUUCUUAUGAUUUUUUGAAUGAUGAACCUAUUUUUACAAGUUUGGGAACUACUAUGGAUUCGUUUGCCGUGAUUGAUCAAUUGUUUCACUUUGUUACUAGUGAGGAAGAAUAUCCACUUUCUAUAGUAGUUACAGUGGAUGGCAUUUCAGUAAAUGCGGAUCCGUUAUUAAUAGCUUUAUCACCAUUAGCUGCCGCAAUGUAUUCUUGUAAUAAUUGUACCAGUGGAUGGUGUUUCCGUGAUCGUUGCGUAUGUAUUGGUGAAGUUAAUCAUACAGCACAUUUUUGUACGGACGUGCCUAAACCACCUGUUUCACCUUCCUCUGGAACUUCACAUUUUCUAUUCCUUUGUGCGUUUUUACUCUUGGUGGGAGGAUGCAUUUUGUUUAUAGUGAUAAUUGUCAGACGUGGAACAGCAAGAAAAGGUAAGAUACAAGGAACUGAUAUAACUAUUGAAGCACCAUAG